GUAGAAAGCGAGGCAGAAAGAAAACACAUACUUUUUAACAUCAGCUUAGUUACACGCAUGCGCUGAUCACACGUUGCUACACUUAGAGUUGCUGCUGGGGAACCUGUGGUCAGAGAAGGCUUUUAGGCAAUGCACUUUAAUACCAGAGACUGCACUCGCACGGUGAGACAAGGUGAUUAAAAAACAUGCAAAACCAAAAAGCUGUGCAGAAAACGAUUAACAAUUAAACCUUGAACUAUGCUAACCCAUUAGCUCUUAACGGAGCCAGAAGCACAGUUCACGGUGACACUGCUGGAGUGUUUCGGCAGAAUAAAGAAGUAAACAUGAGCAUCCUGAAAUUCUGGAACCAGAUGGAAGCGGGUAGUUCUGAGGUGGACUGGUGUGAAGGCAACUACCUGAUUUAUCCUGGCAUUGCAGAGUUUUACAACACGAUCAGCAACAUAUUGUUUUUUAUUUUGCCACCCAUUUUAAUGUGCUUGUUCCGUCAAUAUGCCACACAUUUCAACAGUGGCAUAUAUCUAAUAUGGACUCUGCUGGUUGUGGUUGGUAUUGGGUCUGUUUACUUCCAUGCAACGUUGAGCUUUCUGGGACAGAUGCUGGAUGAGCUUGCAAUCCUCUGGGUUUUGAUGUGUGCCAUCGGCAUGUGGUUCCCCAAGAGAUUCUUGCCAAAGAUUUUCAGGAAAGACAGGUGUAGAUUUAAAGCUGUCAUUGCCAUUCUCUCUGGGAUCACAACGUGCCUCGCAUUUGUCAAGCCUGCAAUAAACUCAGUCUCUUUGAUGAUCCUUGGAAUCCCCUGCACAGUGUUACUCAUUACUGAGUUAAAAAGGUGUGAAAAUGUGCGCGUAUUUAAGCUGGGCCUGAUUUCAGGUUUCUGGUGGACUCUAGCUCUGCUGUGCUGGAUCAGCGACAGGAUUUUCUGUGAGAUGUGGUCGUCUGUUAACUUUCCGUAUCUUCAUUGUGCAUGGCACAUUUUGAUCUGCCUGGCUUCCUACUUGGGCUGUGUCUGCUUUGCGUAUUUUGAUGCGGCCACAGAAGCCCCUGAGCAAGGUCCAGUCAUCAAGUUCUGGCCCAGUGAGAAAUGGGCAUUCAUUGGAGUGCCAUAUGUCACCCUGCUUUGCGUGCAUAGGAAACCCUCAGUGAAGGUGACAUAAUUAAAUUGCUGUGAUGCAGUGCAUGGUUU